GCAUCAUCCUCACGCACUUCUUUCUUCUUCGACUAAACUAUAGCGUGCAUUUGGUCAUAUCGCGUAUUCCCAGCACAACAACUAUAAAAUAAACUGUGUUAAAAGUUUUAGUGAGUGAGUUCUUGGUCCUUGUUGGCUGCAUCCGCUCUUUAGAAGGGAAGAAGAAUCUCCCCUCCAUCGCCGCACUACUGACUCUCUCACUCGAAGCCAACCAGCCCAGCUUUCACCGACCACCAACAACAUCAUACCAAACCACGUCCAGCACAACAGCAAGCAGGCAGAAGAACAAGGAGCACAACUACUCACACACUCUUCAUCCUCCGUCCGUCCGUCCAUCUUCCUCUCUCUCUCUCUCGCCAACAUUUCCGCAUUUUCAUUUAUUUGGAGAAAGUUGAAAAGAAAGUUACAAGACCUUUUUGUGUUCAAGACAAGGCUGACUUCACAAGAUAUUGAACUCACUAGAAAACUGACGAGAAAAUAUAUUACUGGGAUUGGAAGGGGUGCAAAGUGGGGUUUGUAGUAGUAGGGACACACAAGGCCUUUAUUUUUACCCUGCGUUCGUGAAUUUAGAGAGGAGAGAAGCGGUUGGUUGGUGUUGCUGCUGGUUUGAGGGAGGAGGAGGAGGAAAGAAUCGCAUCGAGGUGUCGCUGGAACAGACACGACUUUCACUCGCUCCAUUUUGCCCGAAAGUACGACUAAUAAAAAAAAGUCCAUGACAGACUGAAUAAGGAUGGGAGACGGUUAGAAAGAAAACCAGUACUUACAUAUGUAGAGGGAUUUUAAGACUGAAGAAAAUUAUCCUGAGCUGCAUCUUUAUUGCCUUAUACAUACAAGUUACUUACUACUAUUGAGCAAUAUUCGAAAAUUGACGGGUGAUAAGAAGAAAGAUUUACUACAUAGCAUAAGAUAAAUAAUCGGGGCAUUCAGAUCAAGAGAUAAAAUGGGAGUGCGAACAAAACACUAUGAUCAUCGACAUAGGUCUCAAGAAGCGUCACAACUUCAGAAUCAACCUGCAACAAAUGAAGCAGCAAAUGGUGAGGGGACAAAUAAUAAUCACAAUGCAUCAACAGCAGAGGUUCAAAUUCCUCCCUCAUCAUUAGCAAUAUCCACUACCAAGCCAAAGGGGGGAGGAAAAUCGAAAAGAAAGUCGAGGAAAGCAAAGGCUGGUAAUAAUAAUAACAAUAGUAAUAAGAAAGCUGCCUCCAGUUCAACUUUGCCAGCCCCUCCGACACCCUCCACCCCCACUGUGAAACCACUAAUAAUCACAAUCCCAAAGUCUCAGUCCCCAACAGUUGCGACUAUUCUUGACCAGUCAGCUUCACUAAUCGCAGUCGCACCUAUUGCUAAACCUAAAAAACCUGCAAGAAAGAGAAAGCAACGGGGAAGAGGAGGAAAAAUCAAAAUAACGCCAACUGAGCCCGCAGCGGAAGAGAAAGUCGAAAUAACAAAAAAGACCCCAGUGGGCAAGUCACCUUCACCACCUAACAUUUCCAGCAAAGCAGUUGUUUCGAAGAGUGAUAUCAAGUCCAAUAUAUCCAACAUUAAAAAAGAUGAACAGAUUGCAGAAACUGUUACGCCUUCAAAUAAUCCGUCGAAAAAUGGAAUUUUGAAGACGACUAACAAAAUAAAGAAAGGAAUGAGAAAUUUGAUGGAGAGAACAAACAAGAUUUUGGAAAGGAGUCGUAAAAAGCCACAAAGAAAGAAAUCUCCUGUCAAACCACGCAUACUGCCAGCAAGAGCUUCGGCCAGGCUUUGUGUCCGAAAAAAUAGUGGGGAACAUGAACAAGGUAUUAUGCGCUCUGAUAUUCCUUUACGAACGGUGGAAUUAAUUAGAAGACCCUUGGAAUUGCGAGAACCUGCAACGAAAUUACUCUAUUUGGCGAGUUUAUCUUUGUAUCCAACAGUAGAUCCAGAAUCUGAUACGACACCGAUCGUCAUUAUCAGCGAAGAAAUUCCAAAUCUUAAUGGGAACAAGAAACCGAGGAUGCGAAACUUGGAGCUUCCUCUCUUACCGAAUUGGAGAUGUACCAGCUUUCACCCACCAAGUCGCGCAACUUUGGGUGAUGAUAGUGUUAUUUUGAGAGAUUCAAUCGCAUCGCCAGACUUGAAAGGUAACACUUCUGGGAACCAGAAGCCAUCAAGGAAACGAAAAAUUGCAGAUAAGAAACCUGCAGAAGAAACUUUAAAUCCUAUUACGGUUGAAGUUGUGGAACCCAACAAAGAAAAGAAAGUCAAACUUGCUACCUCAACCGCAGAUAAAAAUGCUUCUAAACCUCCCAAAACCAAAACUUCAAACAAAAGGUCAAAGAAGAAUGCGUCAGCAAAACCACAAUGUGUGGAAAUUAAUUCGGCAACCGUUGAGAAAGAUGUGGUGGCGUCACUAGCUGAUACACUGGAAUCACAACCAACACCCAUGCAGCAAACUGAGGUCAUCACUAAUGACAAAAUUACAUUGAAACAAUUGAUCCCGGUUCCAUCCGAACCAAGGCCUUCCCAACUAUCAAGCGCUGCAAUUUCAGAAAUGCUAAACUUUCAAGGAUCAGCAAUGGACCUUACAAACACCAUGUUGAAAUAUCCUUUUGAUUCUGGGUUAACUAUUUCAUCGUCAGCAUCACCACGUCCACCACUACCGGAAAUUUUCAUAAAGCAACCUUGUUCCAAACCAACAAAUCAAGUAAAAUCUUCCAACAUUAUCAUGCCUAACCAAUUUGCCAGUUUGUCAGGAACUACUUUUACUGCUAUUGACGACAAAUCGUCUUCUUCGGCUCCUUUCAUACUUCCCCAUACCUCCUCAUCGUCAACUGUAGUGGUGUCAUCCUCUGAAGAGCCAAUGGUGCGACAGAAGAUCAUGCCUACACCUUCAGAAAUGUUACUCUCUGUAAACCCAGCUACAAAUACUGAUAUCAGCACGGACCAACAGAUCAACAAGUCGGUCAAACCAGCUCCUGUGAAAAGAAAGAGGAAAUCUCUUGAGACGAUUAUAAAAGAAAUUCCUAAAACAAAAUGUCAAACAAAGUUGAAUCAAGAACAAGCAUCCGAACUACCAAUGUUCUCGUUUAACUCAGUAACGGCAGUAGCACCACCACCACCACAACAAUUACCAUCAAGCAACCCCAGCAUUUUGGAAGGUUUAAUGAAAAAUCCAACCAAGAAACCAUCCCGCAAGACAAAAAUAGUGCCACCAUUGCCGCACCAGUCCCUACAGUCUAUGCAGCCAGCAAUGUCACUCAUAAACAUGCAAAAUCCAGUCUCAAUGACCGUGCCAUUACAACCGGCUCCUGCUAAUUCAAACCUUGUUCCAGUACUUUGCAAAGACAAUACUAGUAUUAACAAGGAGCCAGUUAAACAGCGCAACAAGAAGCAACAGAAGCCGCAGUUUCAAUUACCUAUGCCAUUACCGAUUCCCCUUCCUCCUGGACUUUUGAAUUACGCAUCAUUGCUUCCGGGCAGUAACUUUUCCGAUGUUCCCAACAAACCAAGAAAGCCGAGGAAACCGAAGACAAACUCUGCAGCAUUGGGAGGAGAAAUUCCAGCCAUGUAUCAACCAGCAAGGUCUUCUCAUCCUUCGCCUAAUGGAAGUACUCCCAGUCAAAUGGCUUCAAUUCCUUACCUGCCCAGUCAUUUGCAAGCUUUUUAUCACUCAACACCUGUUGGGAACAUAGUCAAAGACUUGAUGUAUAAUGAUCCAGAUCAAGCACUGGACUUGUGCGUGAAGGCAGCUAUACCAGUACCAAAGCCUUCUCAGCCAAAAAAGUCAAAGAAAAGUAAUAAAGCACCCACUACAGGCAUGAAGAGUCUCUUGAAGCCAUUGAACGUCGAAGAAGAUGGUCCGUUAAAUUUGGUAAUUAGUCGCAGCAUUAUUGCUCAAGGUCCCGCUAUUGUAAAAAAUCCUGAUGAAGGGAGAGAUUCACUAACCCUUCCGUUGACUGAAACUUUGAAACAACAGGGUAAUCUAGAAAAUGUUAAACAAAUGCUCGCCCGGCUUCAUACCAAGAUCGCUCCUGCUGUAAACGGGGUUCAACUUAUUACGAUUGAGUAGAUGGUUUGGAAUAAUCUGAAUGAAGUAAACUUAGAAACUAAUAUGUACUGAAAAUGACUCUGAUUUGAAAUCUAAUGUUUAGUAAUCAAGUAGUUAUAGAUUUGAUUUUGAUUAUUUUAGGUCAAGAGACUGUAGUAUGAUUUUAUAAAAAAAAUACUAUAUACAUAAUUAUAAAUAUGUCUGCAAAGUAAUUCAAUUCUCAUCCUAUGAAAAAUUGCCUUUAUCUUGGAGUCUUCGUGCCUUUCUCUGGAAUCUCAGAAGUCUGUUGAAUCGCCUUCAAUGAUCCUCAUUAGAAACUCAAAAUGCUUAUAUGUAAAGUAUUUAUAGUCGUCAGAGAGCUAUUUAUGACUACCAUAAUUUAUCAGAACUAAAAAUUACUUAUAUGCAGAUAAAUAUUAUAUUUAUGGGGAGAUCAGGAUAUUACGUAACGCGUGAUUUAGUAGAUUCUGUCGGAAUAUUUAGAACUUCGCGUUGCGAAAUUACCUACUCUUUCCUUAUCGACUUAUCUAUACGAAAACAUCUACGUUCAUAUGUAUGCUUUCAAAUAGCAUAUAUAUUCGAAUACAUGAAUUAACUUAAUCAUAACAUGUACUGUAUGUAGAAAUUAUUUAUUUGGACUUUAAACAAUGUACUUACUAACUGUUGUAUUUUAUAUGACUACAUUUUAGGUAUUUAUGAAUGUAUUAUUCAUCUGUGUUUUUUAAACGAAUUGUUUCAGGAACGAUUUUGUUAAUCAUAGUAUUUAUAUUUGUAUUAUUGGGUUUUCCUUGUUUUUUGAUUUACGUACUUUGCUACGACUUUUUUGUGCAGUAUCAUUUUAUAUAUUCAAUACUAAAUAUUACAUUAAAUAUUUAUUGGAUAAUGGCAAGCGUUAUUACAAGUUGAGAUGGAUGAUCACUUUGCCCAAGCAAGUAGUUGUACUUUUGUAUUUUUCAAAACUAAUAAAUGCAUUUUUCAAAAUAAAAUAAA